CUAAGUGCGCGGUGCGUUUGGCUCCUCUAAAGCCAGCCUCGGUCGGCCUGUGUCUCAUCCACAGGGCUUUCUCCAAACGCUGUUCGCAAUCACAGCCACACCAAUUGCACAACGGCAGCGAAGACGUCGGGACGUUUUUAACAUGUUGAGGUUAUUUUUGAUCGGUCUUCUUGCCGGGGUUUCCCGGGCCAGUGAUGUGCUAGAAUUCACGGAUGACGAUUUUGACAGCAGUAUCGGAGACCACGAUCUUGUCCUGGUGGAGUUCUUCGCCCCAUGGUGUGGCCAUUGUAAACGACUAGCACCUGAGUAUGAAGCAGCCGCCACACGUCUGAAGGGAAUUGUCUCAUUGGCCAAGGUUGACUGCACAGCAAACAGCAAUGUCUGCAGCAAGUACGGGGUCAGUGGCUACCCUACGCUGAAAAUCUUCAGGGAUGGAGAGGAGUCUGGUGCUUACGAUGGUCCCAGAACUGCAGAUGGGAUUGUCAGCCACCUUAAAAAACAGGCAGGUCCAGCUUCUGUGGAGCUCAAAGCUGAAGCAGAGUUUGCGAAAUUCAUCUCCGAUAAAGAUCCAAGUGUUGUUGGGUUCUUUUCUGACAGUGCAAGCACAGCUCAGGGAGAGUUUCUGAAGGCUGCCAGUGCACUGAGAGAGUCUUACCGCUUCGCCCACAGCAACGUUGAAGCUGUCCUACAGAGCCAAGGCAUUGAGGGAGAGGGCGUUGUCGUGUUCCGCCCACCACAGCUCAGCAACAAGUUUGAGGAGAGCAGUGUGAAUUUCAGUGGCGAGAAGUUCACCAGUAACAAGAUCAAGAAGUUCAUCCAGGACAACAUCUUUGGAAUCUGCCCAUACAUGACAGAUGACAACAAAGACCAGAUGAAGGGGAAGGACCUGUUGGUUGCCUACUAUGAUGUGGACUAUGACAAGAACCCCAAGGGAUCCAACUACUGGAGGAAUAGGGUGAUGAAGGUUGCCAAGAUCUUCCUGGAUCAGGGCAAGCAGCUGAGCUUUGCUGUGGCCAGCAGGAACGCCUUCAGCCACGACAUGUCUGAGCUAGGCCUGGAGUCCAGCUCUGGGGAGCUUCCCGUGGUGGGAAUCCGCACGACUAAGGGAGACAAAUACGUCAUGACUGAGGAGUUCACUCGUGACGGAAAAGCCCUGGAGAGUUUCCUGCAUAACUACUUUGAUGGCAAGCUGAAGCGCUACCUCAAGUCAGAGCCCAUUCCAGAGAGCAAUGAUGGACCUGUCAAGGUUAUCGUGGCUGAAAACUUUGACUCCAUUGUCAAUGACGAAGGCAAAGAUGUGCUCAUUGAGUUCUACGCACCCUGGUGUGGCCACUGCAAGAGCCUGGAGCCCAAAUACAAAGAGCUGGGAGAGAAGUUGGCCAACGAUCCCAAUGUUGUCAUUGCCAAGAUGGAUGCCACAGCCAAUGAUGUGCCAUCCCCAUAUGAAGUCAGAGGAUUCCCAACAAUUUACUUUUCUCCAGCUGGACAGAAGCAGAGCCCAAAGAAAUAUGAGGGAGGUCGUGAGGUGAACGACUUCAUCUCCUACCUGAAAAAGGAGGCCACUAACCCCCUGGUGGUGCAGGAAGAGGCCAAGAAGAAAAAGAAGAAGUCAGAGCUAUAAAACCCUCCCAACUGGAACUCAUCACCCCCCUCCCCCCAAUAUGAGGAGGAUUGAGGAAUCCUCACAGAACUAAAUUAUAUUCCAGUCCUCUUAGUGAACUACCGAAUGCGCUGAAGCCAAGUCACACCGAUGUGGCCCUCCCUUUGGGUCCUCGCUACUCUGGGAAUUCUGUGGAAGGUUGAGAGGUGGUGGCCAGGGCCUGCCUGAUGUAAAAACAAACAAAAAAAAAUGUUAGGGAAGAGGGACAGCUUUUGAAAAUUUGAGAUUAUUUCCCCUGGUCUGUCUACUACACCUCAGACUGACGCACUUUGGUUUGCCACCAGUCUUCAGUCAUCUAUUGCUUUGUUUUUGUUUUUGCCUCGUGGACAAGGGGUAUUGGUUAUGGUGACCUGUAAUUUUUUUUCUUUAUUUUGUAUCACGUCUUUGUUUUUGUACAUUUGGAAGGAUUGUGAAUAAAAGGCCCACAAAACAAAAGAA